UCGCAAUAGAUAUCCAGAUUCACUCGGAAAGUCCCACUGUGAGUGACUAUAUGCUCUGAACCUCGUAGAAAGAAGGUGGGCGGGAGAACGCUUGAAGGAGCAAAAAGGCGGGAGAGGGAAAGCGAGAAACACACAAAACACACAUCACUGCCACGAGGAGAGGAGACAUCAACCGAAAAAAAAAAAGAGAAGAAGGAGAGGAUAGGCCAAUCAUGGCAAUGUCAUCAACAGUCAGAAUCGGAAAUGCCGCUUCGAUGGGUUGCAGCCUGGCUGAGCAGGUGGCUGACCGCGGAGAUGCCACGUGUCGGUGUGAUAGAGCCGCCACGUGGCCAUCAUCUGCUAAUCGGAAGCGGCGUCGCGUCUUGGCGCUUUUGGAAAGACCGCUUUUGAAAAUUCCCGUUUUGGACAGGCUACGUGGCGGGAGAUCCUGCAAGGGAAAUCGGCGCGCAAUUGCGGAAUGUUGUGCAGGAUAUUUGUGCUCUCCAUCCUUCUCCUCCUCCUCCUCAAUGUCGUCCUCCAGUUGGAUUACCGGGUUGACGACAACAGAUAGACAAAAACGAGGAGACACCCGUCUUCAAGGUCUCAAAAUUGCCGAAGCAGAAUCACCCAAACGGAAAUUUGUAGUGGCAGCAAAUCUCGAGGGGAGACAAGUGGAUGUAUCCACUUCAAGACAAGACUUGACUGGGAAAACGGUGGUGGUUGUUGGUCUCGGGGUGUCCGGGAAAGCAGCAGUGAAACUCGCGCUUGCACGAGGUGCAAAUGUUGUCGCAGUUGACAGGAGAACAGAUAUAGCAGCACUGGAGGAGACUUUAUUCAAGUCUGAAGAUGCUGGGCGGCUUCGGACAGAGCUAGGCUCGCAUCCAAGGGAUGCUUUUCUAGAUGCGUCAAUGGUGGUACUGUCGCCAGGAGUCCCACUAUCGGAGCCAACAAUUGCUGAAGCAAUUGGUUUGGCUCAGAUCGCUCUGAUCAAGGCUGAGGAACAGCGCCAACUGGCAGCCGAGGCUGCCCGCCUACAGGCUGAAGAAGCGGCAACAGCAGAGAAGCUGCGGCUACAGGCCGAAGCAGACGCAGAUGCCCAGGAUCGCCGCAAGGAAGCCCAGGAUCCGCUGCAGCGACAUGAAGCCAACAACAUCGAGAGACUCAAGUUCUGGCACUUUGAACGGAACGGCGACGACGCAACACCGGAAGAGCAGCAUAAGGAGUUUCUCUCCAAACUCGUGACACGGUUGUUGUGUGCUUGCAACUACCAACGGUCCGAGAUAGAGAGACAGAACCAGGAACUGCAGCAACAGUACCAGGAUCUGAAGACACAGCACCAGGAGUUGGCGAACCUCCGUCGGAUGGUGCAGAGCCACGAGGAUGCAACACGGGCACUCAAUUCCCGUGUACUGGACCUGGAACAGGUUGUACCAGGACCAGAUUGUGGGGCUUCCAGCAGUGCACCCUCUAGCCGCCAACUGGAGGAACGUGUUGACCACGUAGUGGCAAUGCUGGGCGACAUCAACACCUUCGCGGCGGCGACCACCAUCAACAGCCAGCUGGACACGCUGAAGAUCGAGGUCCAGCAACUGCAGUCGACGAACUCGGAUGGCAAUCCAAAGCUGUACAAGAUGCCAACUUUCCAACUGGAGAAGUUCGACAACUACAAACAUCAGGAUCCGAUCCUCUGGUGGGAAGCAUUCACGACGCAACUUCGGAUUCUGCCUGUCGCCAAACACGUGUACAUCGACGCCCUGUUCCUUAACUCAAAGGGCGGAUGCCAGACCUGGUUGACCCACCUGGCAGCCACCCACGGCGUCGACGUCGCGGAUCCGAGAGACAACAUUACAUGGGAAGAGUUAACACGGCUGAUGAAGAAGCGAUUCAUCGUCGACGACGCACCAGCACUCGCCAUCAACCGUCUCUUCACCAUGUCAUGCGCUGCGCUGAGCCAGGCACUUGGUGAUCGCGAGCAGUAUACCACUUUCGCCAUGAUCAUUGACAAGGCGAGAGAGAUCAUCAAGACCAACAGGGGAGCUGCACACGAGAAGUCAAGGUGGCAGCCGACCUAUGUGGAAGCAGCAUCACGUGACGAAGAUCAGGUGGCUGCUGUCCAGCUGCAAAGCAACAACAAGUCCCAGAACAAUGGGAAGGCGAAACCAGCAUCGCAGGCCGGAAAUGGACAGCCAACACCAUGGGUCAAGUUUAGCUUGACCGAGGCGGAGUACAAGUACCGUGGCCGCUACGGCUGCUACUACUGGUGCAACAACACCAAGCACAAGACCUCCCUUUGCCAAGAUCAGGCCAAGGAGGAUGUGCGACCUCAUUCGGCUGCCUUGCUAGCGACCUCCUGCACAUCAAGGGACGAUGCGAAUGUCGUAAGUCCUCGAUACACUUACGAGGACUAUGCUGUCCACUUGGUUCCACCGCUGGACCAACCGCUCCACGUGCAACAAUCAACCGCAUGCACGGUUUCAUCACCAUCGGCAACCAAUUUGGCAGCUUCGCCGCAAUCUAUCGCCAGGGAUUCGACGUCAUGGUCAAGACUUGAAGAGAUCGACCCGUUGACGUUCACGGACUUCCAGUGGAUGCUCGUUCCCUCGACCGGACGAUUGCCGAAACCGCAUUGCAACAUGCUCAUGGCACAACUGCGGGAUUACUUGCACACUGCAGUACCGACUGCGUUGAUGGACGUCGGAGUAGAGGUUGUCGACCUUCACGCCUACAUUGCGAAGAUCGACCGCGAGUUCAAGACGCAACGGUACGACGAUAUCGACGCACCAUUGCUAUAUGUACGCAUUCAGAUCGGAGAGGCGACCUGCAGCGCUUUGAUCGAUUGCGGAGCAUCUAGCAACUACAUCAGCCCGGACUUCAUGGUGCCCGCCGGCCUUGGCCCACGCGUCCGAAGGAAGCCCCAGCCCACGCAAGUCACGUGGGCGGACGGUCACACGCACAAGUCAAUCGACCGGUGCAUUGAUGACGUCCCAGUGUACUUUGCCCCUCACGCAAGUGAGGCAGUAUCCUUUGAUAUUCUGGACACCAAAUUUGACAUGAUCUUGGGCAUGUCAUGGCUGCGAAGCGAGGAUCACUCGAUGAACUUCUAUAACCGCACCGUUCACAUUUGUGAUCGGAACGGAAUACUAGUCCCAUGCACGGUGCCUCUUCCUCAUCCUUCGAUCAGCUGCCACGUGGUAUCCGCCACAAGCAUGCGAGUUUCCAUCAUCAGAGACGACAUCGAGGAGAUGGGGGUGUGUUUUCUCCACGCCCUCCCGCCMCAUGACGCUUCAUCGACGGACUCACCUUCGGAUCCACGCAUCACCGAACUUCUCGACGCCUACCGCGACGUGUUCGAAGACCCGCAUGGAGUAGUACCGGAUCGACCCAUCCGCCAUGAGAUCAUCCUCGAGGAUGGGGCCGUACCUCCGCGCGGUUGCGUCUACCGAAUGAGCGAGGAAGAGUUAAGUGUGCUUCGGGCACAACUCGACGACCUUCUGGGGAAAGGCUGGAUUCGGCCUAGCUCAUCGCCAUACGGUGCUCCUGUUCUCUUCGUCCGGAAGAAGAACAAGGAUUUGCGGUUGUGCAUCGAUUAUCGCAAGCUCAACGCGCAGACGAUCAGGAACGCCGGCCCUCUCCCACGCAUCGACGACCUUCUCGAGCGAUUGGGCGGCGCCCAGUUCUUCUCUAAGUUGGAUCUCAAGUCAGGGUACCGCCAACUCGAGAUUCGCAAGGAGGAUCGCUACAAGACCGCGUUCAAGACACGCGGCUAUGACAACGGAGUUCCGACACAUGGUGGAUCGGCUUGUACUCAUCUACCUCGACGAGCCAAGAUCAAAGCAAACCGUGACAAGUGCGAGUUCGCACAGCAGGAGCUGAAGUACUUGGGACACUAUGUGACGCCGCAAGGCAUCCGUCCGCUUGUGGACAAGAUCGAGGCCCUACGAGUAUGGCCCGAGCCCACCAACACCACGGACGUUCGUUCAUUCAUGGGGUUGGCGGGCUACUAUCAGCGAUUCAUCACCGGAUACUCCAUGAUUGCUGCACCUAUGACGAGGUUACAGUCGCCAAAGGUGCCAUUCGUAUUCGAUGACGACGCACGCCGGUCAUUCCAAGCACUUAAGACGACUAUGCUCAUGGCACCCGUCCUUAGCAUCUAUGACCCCACCCUGCCGACGCGAGUGACUACGGACGCUUCCGGCUAUGGCAUUGGGGCAGUCUUGGAACAGCAUGACGGCGACGACUGGCACCCUGUGGAGUAUUUCAGCCACAAAGUGCCUCCCGUCAACUCGCUUGAUGAUGCAAGGAAGGAGCUGCUCGCAUUCGUGAUGGCUCUCAAGCGCUGGCGGCACUUCCUCCUUAGGCGUCUUAGGUUCACAUGGGUCACAGACAACAAUCCAUUGACCUACUAUAAGACGCAGGACACGGUGAGCAGCACGAUCGGACGAUGGAUGUACUUCAUCGACCAAUUUGACUUCACACCGAAACAUGUCCAUGGCCUGUCCAAUCGCGCAGGAGAUGCACUCUCGCGAAGACCCGAUCUUUGCGCUAUGACACAUCAUGCCUUCGCAUUCGACGAGGAGCUUCAGCGACACUUCAUCCAGGCAUAUCACGACCGCGACACUCGCUUCAUGUCGGCAUUUUGGACUGCUCUCAUGCAGGAGUGUGGCAUGAAGAUGAAACCAAGUUCGGCUCGGCAUCCACAGACGGACGGGCAGACGGAGCGGGCACAUCAAACCGCUCAAAUGAUGCUUCGUACGCUCAUCCGUCCGGACCAAAAAGAUUGGGUUGACCGCCUCCCCGACAUCGAGUUCGCCUACAACACUUCGGUGCACCCGACGAUAGGCGUGACUCCAUUCGAGUUGCACCACGGUGGACGGAAAGGCCAUAUCUUCGCCGACCUUCUCCUCCCUCGACCAGCCGACAUUGACGCCGCUUGCUCCCCCGCUUCCGUCCGGAAGUACAGGGAAUUGCUGACUCAAGCCCGCACGAACAUGCAAAAGGCUCAAGUCCGCACACAGCAGCAAGCCAAUAGGCGUCGCGUGCCAUGUCCCAUCCGUGCCGAUGAUCUGGUUUGGGUCUCCGCGGAAGAGUUUGCACUGGAACAGGAUGUUUCACGCAAACUGCUUCCCAAGUGGUUUCGACCAUGGUCUGUGACAUCAGCCGCGGGCGAUGAUCCCGAUGGCCCUUCAUUUGUGAUCAACAUUCCCGAGCAUCUGACGGUCCAUCCAGUCUUUCACGCCUCGCAGGACCCUCCAUCUGUUGAUGGUCAUGAGGAGGUGGACCGCGUCAUCUCGAAUCGCAAGUACGGCAGCAAGCCGCGACAGUACAAAGUCACAUUCAGAGCAUGUGAUCCCGACGACACUCGGUGGAUUUCAGGAGCAGAUUUGAAAUCAUCCGCGCCGCUGAUCUACGCUCACUAUGAGCGACAACGGUUAGCUAAGGGACCUCCACGACCUGCCCCUCCCACCCGGACUGUGGUCCCUCCCUCAGACAGACAGCUUCGCCCUCGCAGGUAAGCUCGGUCUUUCAAGGAGGGGGGGGGGUGGCAUACUGCGUAGCCACACGGGCCCUACAGAGGCCCGUCCCGUACUUUCAGCCUAGAAGCCUAAAACU